CUGUCAUUGAGUGCUCGAAAAUUGCACGAUCUCGCACUCCUUCUUCCCCCCCCUCCUUCUCCUCCUUUCCUCUUCUACGAUUACCAUCCUCCUUCCGAACUGCGAACCAGGAGCGAGAGAUGGUGGCGCCCACUCCUCCGCCCCGGCGCCAUAGCCGGACCAGCUUCGGCUCGAACACGUCCGAUCUGCUGCCUGGCCAGUCGACUCAAGACUCGUCCGGGGAUAUCCGAAGCUCCGAGAAAAGGCAUCAGAGUGAGGGAGGCGAGGUGGGGUCGAGGCAGCAGCAGCAGCAGCAGCAGCAACAACAACAACAAACGCAACAGCCCACAGAGUGGGAGGCGUACAUUGUCGCACAGGCGCAGGCUGCCGCACAGGCCGCUCAACGCGUGCAGUCUCCACCUGGCGUGCAGUGGGCGGACCAGUCGCCGCUCGACGAGGCCGAGGCGAGGAGGCAGCAGCAGCUCGCGCGGCAGCAUGCAAGAAGGGACUCGUCCUCCUCUUCCUCACAGUUCAUUGACUACGGCACGGCCAGGCGCUCGAGGCAGGCCUCUGUGACAUCCAUUGGCUCGACAUCAUCAGAUUCAUCGUCUCCCAGCUCGCCUGGCGGUCAGCUCGCGGCCUCCAGCUCGCCGAUGGCGGGUCGAUCACGACCGUCGUUCCUGGAGACGUACGGUCUUGUCAUGGAGGACGAGGAGGAGGAAGAGGAGGAAGAGGAAGAGGCUGAAGACGGGUCAAAAGUGAAGCGAAAAUUGAAGGGCGACCUCUUCAAGCGCAGGGCCAACCUGCUCAGACAAACAUCGCCAAAGGGCCGACGGAGCUCCUCCUCGACGACAAACAGCAACGAGGGGUCCAGGAGAGGUUCCCUAUUACUCGUCAAGACCAAAAGCCCAACGAAUUCAUUGUCGUCUGACAAGAGCAGCACCGUCUCGUCGCCUCACGUGCUGCCCCAGUCGAUUCUUAAAAGGCCGACUAGCGGGAGUGGAGGGACCCUUCCCGACAAUGACGACGAUGACGACGACGAAGAAGACGACGACGACGACAACAACGCCAGCGCACUCGACAAGAAGAGACUGAGACGUCCAAAGAUGCCCUCGAUCUUCUCUUCGCCCGACGGCACAAUGCCUACGCCCAGGGCACCGGUGCCCUCCCUGCCAGAAGUUCGGUCGAGCUACGAGAGUGAGCGGCAAGGGCAGGCCAGUAGUUUGGGGCACGACGACGAUGCCUCGUCUGCUUCACACUAUCCGCCCACUCCUUCGACCGCCAAUAUCGCCCUCUUGGCUGCGGAAAGGCCCGUCACUGGCACUGACGGGGUCGUCGGCACGCAGCAAGAGAGCGAAGCGGACCAGACUAGCCUUUCGAGGUCGUCGUACCAGCACGGCGACGCUGCAUCUAUUGCACCUACCCUCCUCUCCACCUCGACAGCAACGACGAUGUCGACGACAACGACGACGAACAGCGGACCAGGCGGCAACAGGAGUGACGACGAGGCCAAUGAGAGCUGGGAAAGUGGAAGCGGCAAGGCGAGUGGAGGACCGCCACCGAAUCCCGCCACCAUUGCUGCUCCGCUCGCGGGCCCUCCUGUGCUUCCUCAACGGCCGACUAAUGUCUCCGAGAAUGAGAGGCAAGACAAUGCGAGUGCCCCACCGCCUCUGCCGAAGCGUUCAUCUGCGGCGACUGCGGUGGCGGGCGCCAGCGCAGCUCCGUCGAUGUCAGUCCCAUCGCCUACUACAGCACCUUCUCAAGUCCAUGGUCCAGACCCGCCCACUGCAGAGGAAAAGAAGCGCCAGAAGGCCCAAGAAAAAGCCGAGAAGAAGCGUGUCCAAGCAUCGCAGCGUCGUCACGAGGUUCAGCGCAAGAUCCUGAUGAAGAGCUACGAGGAACUCGAGGUGGAGCGUUUCCUCCACGACUUUGGCCGGAACGUCGAUGAGGUCACCUCGCUCGGAGAUCUGCCCAGCCAGAGGGCCAUCGAUGACGAGGGCGCCAAAUGGCCGAGGAAGGAGGACUGGAUAUUUCCCAGCACUGGCAAAUUCAACGCCUUUGGCUAUGGAUUUGCCUGCCUAGUUAGCUUCGUCGUGUAUCUGUCCCCAACCAGAUUCAUGGACCUGCAGAGCGGUGGCAUCUCGGACGAGGAUCUUCAGCAGCAGGUCGAGACGGGCGACGACGAUGAGGUCAAGUUCAGUCUGGUCGCGCUCAAGGCAAACGGUGCCAGGCUCUACAUGACGACGAUUCCACUCUACGAGGGUCUCUGGGAUGCGAUGAGGAGUAUCUGGAGAUGGGACAGCAAGAUCACGACGGCGGUCAGCUGCAUUCUCUACUUUGCUUCGUGGUACCGCGGCUUUCUCGUUCCAGGCUUCCUGGGCCUCCUCAUUUGCUACAUUCUCAAGCUGCGCGCCUUUCCACCAAAGCCUGAAGUCCUCCGCGAGAUGCUCAAGCGCCAAAGGAGGCGAGCCGAGGAGCUGAACCAAGCGCGUAAGGCCAAGAUGGACGACAUCCUCAGAGAAGCUCAGCAACAGCAGACGAGCGCAUUUAGCGAGACGGCAUCGCUCUUCUUUGGCGAAAAGGAGGAGGAAACGCAGCAGCAAGCACCCAAGAAGAGGUCAAAGUACAGCCUGGCAGCCGAUGCAACGCGGCGGUACGGCAGUGGCGCCACUUGUGUGGCCUCUUCACUGGCCGAUGUCCACGAACGCUUCAAGAACUUUGCACUCUGGAGGAAUCCAGCAGCGACGUGGCGCGCACUGUGUCUGCUGGGGCUCGGCAUGGUGCUCACGCUCUUUUCGACACCCUGGAUGACGGCUCGCUUGCCCGGCCUUGUUCUGGGCUGCCUGAUCUUUGUCCUUGCGCCCAUCGUCGAGCAUCGGCCUGCAUGGUUGGGUACAGAGUGGACGAAUCCGUUUGACUUCUUACUCGCAGGCGUACCCAAUGACGCGCAAUACGCGAUGGAGGUGCUGCGGAGGAGGGCUGUCCUGGGACAGAAGCUCACGGGCGACGAGGAUCUCGCAAAGGCCUAUGCUGUUGGAAGCAGCAGCGAGGCAGAAGAGGAGACGGAAGCGGAAGGAGAGCAGCAGGAGCAAGACGGAAAGGACGAUGAGGCGACGGCGACAUCAACUGCCGUCUCGACUCGGCCUGCCGCUGUUGCCGCUACCACCGCUCCCGCCGCCGGCGGUAGUGCUGAUGGAAGCAGCAGUGCCGACUCUAAUAAGAUUGACUGGGCAAAGUGGCGCUCGAGGGCCGUCAAGGGCCGCGACCUCGCCGUGGCGGGCAGUGAAAUGCUGUCUGGUCAACGGGCAAUCCAGCUGCCACGAAUGGCGCCGUCCUCCUCUCUCCAGCCCACAACCUCUUCGAGACUGGUCGACGGCCUCUCGGCAGGCGUCAACUGGUCUUUUACCCAACUAGAGGGCCACUCGCAGCGGCUCGCCAUCGAUCGGAAGCUAGCCGGGCUCGACGACGGUUUGGCUGGCGAUGACUUUGCCGAAGGGGGACUGUCAAAAUUGUCAAUGAGUCUCAAGAAGGAACAGGCCAAAGACCAGGCAAUCUACUGGGCCGUGUACAAGGGAACGUUUGGUCACGUCGUCGUGCUGCCAGAGAAGAUCCUCUUUAGGUCCCUCUUUGCCGUCAGUCCAAGAAAAGGCAACGAGGAAGUGGCACUCCUCGAACCGGCUGAUCCUGCAGCGGAAAACAAUGGCGAGCGGCAAGGUGGCGGCGACGGCGAAGACACGGCGGCGAUUGUCAAGGCGACCGAUCCGGCGCUGCUCAAGGCUUCCAAAGUCCGAAUUCUCGUUGAAGCUCGACUGGAAAACGUUCUAGGACUCAAAAAGACGCGGAACAAUGUGACGAGCCGCUUCAAUCUCCUCGUGGGCGGAAACGGCCGCUUUGGGCCCGAAGGCCUCGAGAUCAAGGUCAGAGGCGGUGGCGUAUCGGCCGAUGGGAACAAGCUGGUGUUCUCGAGUGUGGUGGGAAGGGACGAGUGUUUCAAUAGGAUCCUGGCUCUGGCACCUCAGCGCUGGUCAAAGGUAUAGCGCCUGCAGAAUCAUCCUUGCUUUUGUUUCUCUUUGUAGCGUUAUCUUUUGCUUUUGACCAAUCGGACACUGCUUUUCAUUGGGAGGGACAAU